AUGAGAGAUUUUGUUUUCGUAUCACCACAGUUGUAUUUGUCAUCACAGAAAGAUUGGAAAAGUGACUGUGCCAAAGCUGGAUAUAUUCCUAUCCUUAAAAAUGAUCUACAACAUUUCCAGAACUCACUAAAACACAUCGUAGAUGCCAGGAAUCAUGUCUCAGGGACAGCACCGAACAACAGCAAUGAUGCGGUUAUGAAGAACUCUGAUCAUAACAGCGCCUCCAACAUACUUAAGGACAGUACAACAGGAAGUAACGGUGCUGCUAACAAGAGCGAUGUAACCGCCUCUCACUAUCAGGUGCUCAAACAGUUUCUCCCCAUUUCCUUAGAUCAACAAAUUCAUACAGUAUCUCUUCAGGGCGUCUCAUCAUCAUUCUCUCGCGCACAGAUAGAAUCAGUAUUGGGCAGUUGUUUGAAUUUGGCCUUAGUGAACAUUCAAAGUAACUCGCCAUUAAAGAUUGAAGCUUGGUCAUCCUUUUCCUCAUUCUUGGACACUCAAGACGUUUUUAUGCGAUUCAACAAGGUUGAUGAUGAUGAAGCCUUUGUGAAAACACUAAAAUACUGGGAAGAAUUAUUCGAUUUUGCCAAAAAGCUACAUGAGGAAUUCAAGAUCGAAUUGCAUUUAGAUUCAAACACACAAGAGUACAUAAAAGACCGAGCCAAAGUCGUACCAGAGGCCAAGCCAGAGAACGCUGAACGCCUCUAUAACAUUUUCCAAGACAUCGAAGGUCACACAGAUGAGGGUAAUUCAAAGAGUGAGCAAUUGGACGAUUCUUCCAUACAGUACAAAGUCGAUACUAAUACUCUGAGCGAUUUGCCCCACGAUGCCCUUGACCAACUGUGCAAGGAUAUAGUUGAGUUUAGAACCAAAGUUGUCAGCAUAGAGAAGGAAAAGAAAAUGAAAAGUACGUAUGAGGAAAACAGGCGCCAAAGACACCAAAUGCAGAAGGUUUUUGACCAAAUAAAGAAAAACACGUCAGGCGCCAAGAGCAAUAGCAACAUAGACGAGGAUGACGCCAAUAUGGAAGAGGACGAAGAGGACGACAUGGAGGACGACCUUGCCCUAGAGAAAAGGAGAGAAGAAAGAGAGCUAGAAGAAUCAAACCGCCGAUACGAAGAGUUGCUCCACCAUCUCCACAACGACGUGGAGCCCAAGAUAAAAUCCACCAGAGCCGAUAUCAUCACCGCUGCGAACUAUGAGGAGCAUUUGGAGAAAAAUCGCUCGCUAUAUUUGAAAGAGCUGCUACAUCUUGCCAACGACGUCCACUACGACCACCACAGAUCUUUCAAGGAGCAAGAGGAAAGAAGGGAUAAAGAGGACAGAACCAAAAACGGUAAUGCACGGGAGCCGCCAUCAUCCGACCAAGCAUCCAGCGGCGAACCCCCAUCUGCAGAGAACCUCGGUGCGCUUGUCCUCCCCGAGGACACCACCCUAAAGAACAGGAACAUUGGCGCCCACAAGAAUGUGUCCGAGGGCCCAGAGCAUGUCAAAAUCAAAUUCGAGUUCAAGAAGGCCAUAGACAACUCGGCGGAAAGCUCUAGUGAUGGCGAGGAUGCCGACGAGGGCGCGGCAGAGGACCUUUUGCCCUUUACGGCGGAAGAACUGGACGCAAGAUUGGCAAAACUGAAGGAAUCGCGGUGCGUUGACGAGCUGGUGCGUGAGUUCCUUGGCGUAUAUGAGAGCGAGCUAGUCGACUACAUUCUCGAGAACAUCCGCACGCACCAGAGCAAGCGGGCCCUUGUACACGAGCUGAGGGAAACCUUCGACGAAGACGGGGAAACGAUAGCUGCCAGACUGUGGAGUCGUGGAGAAUUUCAGCGUGGGACCUGA